UAACUGACAGUCUACGAACGAUAGUCUACGAACUAACGAACAUAUCUUUGGGCUAGUUCACUCCGUUUUACAGUCUACACAACAAAACUGAAAACGCAAACGCAAAUGACAAUUUCCACCACCCUCUGCCGCCGUAUGACGGGUGUCCGCACCUUCUUCACCUUCAAGUCCUCCACCGCUUCAAAACCGCCCACCACCAAAACCGUGACCAACAAACCCCCUCUUCUCUGGAAACCCAACGAUUCUUCCUCCUCAAACGACGCCGUUUCCCUGCAACUCCUCUCAUGGGGUCGAGGUUCAUCGGGUCAACUCGGCAGCGGAAACGAGCUAACUCGUCUUUACCCAACCCCAGUUUUCUCCCUCCUCGUCCCUCCCUCAUUUCGCCUCUCUCCAUCACCCGGCUCUCUCUCUUCUCCCUCGCCAGAAAAAUCGACGAUGGAGGUGGGAAUCUCAUGUGGGUUGUUUCAUUCUGCGGCGUUGAUUGAUGGACAGUUCUGGGUUUGGGGUAAAGGUGAUGGCGGAAGAUUGGGGUUAGGUCAUGAAAACACUGUGUUUGUACCCACUUUGAAUCCUCAUUUGGGCAGUGUCAAGUCUUUGGCACUAGGUGGGCUUCAUUCUGUUGGUCUCACUUCUCUCGGCCAAGUCUUUAGCUGGGGCUAUGGUGGUUUUGGUGCUCUUGGUCAUACUGUUUUCACAAGGGAGUUGGUUCCUAGGCUAGUUGAAGGUUCAUGGACAGAGAAAAUUAAACAUAUUACGACUAGUGGAACACAUACUGCUGCUGUCACUGAAUCAGGUGAGGUGUACACUUGGGGUCGAGAAGAAGGGGACGGCAGAUUAGGUCUUGGUCCUGGACGUGGCCCUGACCAGACAGGUGGGCUUAGUGUUCCAAGCAAAGUAAAAGCAUUGCCUGUUCCUGUAGCUGCUGUGGCUUGUGGAGGUUUUUUCACAAUGGCACUUACUGAAGACGGCAAACUAUGGAACUGGGGAGCCAAUUCCAACUAUGAGCUCGGAACGGGUGAUAAAGUUGGUGGGUGGCAACCAAAACUAAUUUCUAGCCUUGAAGACGUUCGUUUAGUUCAAAUAGCUUGUGGAGGAUAUCAUUCUCUAGCUCUGACUGAGGACGGUAAGGUGCUUUCAUGGGGACAUGGUGGACAUGGUCAAUUGGGUCAUUCUUCUAUUCAAAAUCAAAAGGUGCCUACAAUGAUCGAGGCUCUGGCUGAUGAGUGUGUUGUCUCAAUUGCCUGUGGAGGUUCAGCUUCAGCAGCUGUGACAGAGACAGGGAAGUUGUACAUGUGGGGAAACUCGAAGGAUUCUCAGUUAGGGGUUCCUGGGUUGCCUGAGAUAAAUCCUUCUCCGGUUGAAGUGAACCUUCUGAUGGAAGACGAUGGCUUGGGGCCUCAUAAUGUUCUCUCUGUUGCCGUUGGUGCAUCGCAUGCUAUGUGUUUAAUUUCGAGAUCAAGCUGCACAGAAUGACAUACGAACUAUAGUAAAAUAAAUUUGAUUACAAUGAAGCGCAAAUAUAAGUAGCAAAACUCCAUAUAAUCCAGGCAAUAUGUAGGUUCCUUGAUGUAAAAAGAAGAGUUGUUACUGCUUAGGAGAAGUGAAGCAUAAGUCAGUCAUGAUUCAUGACCUUUGUCUUUCAGUUUUCUGCCUUGCUUUCCCCCCCUUGUUUUUAUCUGUAAUCCGAUUUUCGGCUUUUUACAAUCUUACUGUGUGUGAUUGGAGAAGCAACCAAGCGACAGAUUUUUGAGGGCAGUUGUUGUAAUGUGCACACUUUUAACUGUAAACUGUAAUGAAAUCUUUUGAGUACUCCCACAA